UAUGGAAAGUAGAACGUUGUGAUUUGAGUGCGAAACGGUUGGGAAGAGACUGACAACGACGUACACAAUCUUUACUUCUGCAAAUGGCGGAGGAAAAAAUUAUCCAGUCCUCGGAAUAACUCUUCCUUCCCUUUCAAAAUUAUUCUUUUCAUGAACGACACGUUCUACAUCCUGUAGCCGGCAUUCCUUUCUUUAACCUCAGGUGUUUAGCUGAGGAAGGUCGGAUAGAGUCUUGGCCUGGCCUGGUUUCAUCUUCCUCUUUCCUCGCGACGGUUUCUUGCCGCCUCCUCCGUACCUUGCCUUUUGCUCUAGUGCGGAUCGUAGAUCUUGCGAAGAAUCAGCACUCUGCAAAAACGAAUUGUAAAAAUAGUCGAAGCAAAUCAGUAAAACAUAUUUGAAGAACAUCCAAACCGAAUUAGCGGAGGACGUCAUGACGAGUUCUGACAUUUUGUUUCGUCACCCAGUUAUGAAUCGGCCGUUGCACAGAUGCAACCGCCUCUAAGAUAGAAGUAGUCGACCGCUCGUGAAAAGUUUUUGGAAGAGCCAUGUGGAGCAAAACCAAACUACGCACCUUAUCAGCCAAGUAAUUGAUGUUAUACAACGACUUCCAGUAUCCCCCGACCAUUUGGAAAAAGACGACAGGAUUCAGACAAGCUUUGACGAUGUACGGAACUCUGAAGAAGUUAGACAAGCUCGAUUUCUUCUUUUUUGGCUUCAUUGCGGCGGCGACCGACUUUUUCACAGCCUUCUUGGCUGCCUUCUUCGUUGCCUUUGCAAUUUUUGGAACGUCCUCUUCUUCCUCGUCAUCUGUUUCUUCCUCGUCACUGCUUUCAAUUUCAAUUGCUACAGCACCUCCACGAAUGCGCAUUGCGAUAUCGAAACCGUUAUCUUUUAGAGUUGUAAGUCCUUGUUGUUGUGUGGGAAGGAUGACGUCGCUUCGUUCGCGGAAUGCGCUCACUUCUCCUAUGAACGCAACGAGAAUAAGUGCCGCGAGGACAAACAGAGAGAGUCUCGUUGUCCUCGUCAUUCUAAGUCUAGAUGAGUACAAACAAUCGUUUACUUUUUGGGUUUCUGUUUCCUGUUCGAUGCAAUCAGUGAACCGCGGUUCCCUGAUGCGAGAAAAUGAAGGAAUGGAAGAUGGGUAGCAUUGAAGGGUUGUUGUUGCUCUGCCAGUCCGGAGCGUCCGUGGGAUUGCUAUUUUCGAUCGAGUGGGAUGGGCGGUUUCCUCUUAACCUGAUGUUCGUACGUACUAUUCGUUGACGUACUACUCGUACCAUAGUUUUCUCAAGGUAUUCUCAAGGUAUGGCAUUCCGCGUGGAGAAUUGGUUCACGAGUUUCCACGACUCGAUCGAAACCCCUCGUGGUAGUAGUAUGAGUGGCUCGCUAACGCAAAUAGUUUCUACGGUGCAAAAACUAAGUGAGUGCCAGCAAGGUGGAACAAAGUACUGUUCUGAAAAGAAUUUAGAAGCAAGUCAACAAUAAGAACACUGUGGAUGUUUGUUUUUCUGAAAUAGGAAUGGGCGGAGGAAUUCAAUGAAUUGUUGUUGUGUAUGUUGGGUAGUAUUUUUGUUGUUGGUGCUGGUGUUCUUGUCUUUUGUAGUAAGGAGGAGAAGAGCAGGUAUUCUUAGUACUACUAGUAGUACUGGUCGUGCAAGAAACAGGAGACCACCACUGCUGGGACAAGGAGUAGUACUAGUUCCUCUAGUAGUACUAGUAGUACUAGUAGUAGUAGUACUUAUACUACUACUAGUAGGCCAACUCUUGAAACAAGCACAACAUAAAUCCAAUUACUUGUGUGAGACCAAGAAGUUGAAGCCAACACAUUUUCCAAAGAUCUUGCCUGUAAUCUGUGAACAGCAGUUCUUGCAUAGGCAAUAUUACUAAUUGGGAAUUGAGUUAAAUGUAUUGUUCCCUUGUGACUCAUUUUGGACUGGGUUUGAUGGGUGGUUUUUGAUCAUUCAUGUUCUUGCAGAUAUCAAAAUGUAUACUACUAGUAGCUGUUGUUGCAAAAGUUUUGAGAAGCUAAAUUGAUUGCUUUUUUAGUCUCCUUCUUCAAGGACACCCCCUCUAUCCAUUCAAGUUUCUCAGCAUGUACAUAUCAAACAAAAUAUCCAUCAAUGUUGAUAAUUUCACAAUCCUGGUGCCCAUUUUUCAAUUUGGCAGACUGGAAUGUACAUAUGACUCUCUACUUAUCAUUUUUCAAGAAUGUGUAUGGUGUUGUUAUCAAUUAUGACGACAGGUCUAGCUACUACUAGUACUACCAAGAACAUAAAAUUUAAGCAUGGUAUCUAUCCUUUUGUUUCCCCCACAACAAUGUCAUCAGCAUCUGAUUUGGCAGUUAGUACUAGUAGUAAGCAGCAGUAUUUCUGAAAAUCUGGCAUGUCUCUGUAUUUUCUUGUUCUGUCACUCUACAGAUUUGUGUUUUAGGCCUUCUUGAUGACAAUAGUAGUGUGAUCUGGUAAUCUGCCAGCAUUCAUAUUUUUGGAAUGUGUUGUUUUGAGAAACUCAGAAGAUAUGCCAUCAUCCAUUGUGCACUUCUUGUCUGCACUGCUGCUGUAUGUUUAGAAAGGUGUUGCUUGUUGUAGAGGUCCAGUUAAGUCAAAACAAUAGGAUGGGACAGUCAUUGGUCUGGUGGAUGUGGUGAAGUCCAGAUCCAAUUGUCAUUAGACAGCCAAAUAUUCCAUACUCGAUGGGUAAUACAAGGAGGAUGCCAAGUGCCAAGUCAAUGAGCCAUGUUGAGAAUCCUAGUGGUGAUAGGACCAUGAGAAAUACUUUGAAGGAGUUUAGCAAAGGGAUUUCAGCUUCUCCAUUCAGGAUUUGACUGGUGUUAUGGACGAUAUGUAGUGGAAGGAUGGUAUGAUGCCAAACAGUGGUGGGAGAAGAGACUGGGAGGCAGUGUGUUUGUACAAGGAAGACACAAUUUGUCGAGCCAUUGAACCUUGAGAUUCAUUCAGACAAAAUUAAUCUGGUGGAGUGCAUGUAGGUUAGCUUUUGAAAUCUUGAGGGUGAGUCUGGCAAGUGCAAGGUCCAAAAUUGUGUUAUGACCACACCUGAGUGGGAGUAUAAAACCUGUAUUAUCAACAGUGAUAGUGCCGCUGAUAGUGGUAAGAAGAUAUCUGCAGCAUAACCACAAAGGGAAAGAUGUGAGAAAGAUAUUUCUGUUCAAACUUGAGCAGAAAACAAGAAGGACUGGGGGAACAGAUACUCAAUUUCUGGGUGCAACACUGUUUCAUAAAGCAUUCAUGCUGUAGGUUGAUUUGGGGUGCAUAGCAGGAUGGCAGAGCAAAUUGAGUCUGCUACAGAAAGUAGUGCAGACAACUGAGCUGAAUAUGAUCCGCAUGGUGAUUUAUGGCAGGGAAGAUUCUUAAAUGGGGUGAAAAUGUUCUUUGCAGCAAUUUGCACUGGUUUUCCAUGAGGAUCAGUCAAGAAGAUAUCACCUGUGGUGUGAGGAAGCACUCAAGGGAGAAGAUCAGUAUCAAAAUCAAGGUGGAAAGUGAAAUCAUGGUACAAUUGGCUGGCACCACUUGUUUGCUGGCCAUCUUUCACUUCAGUGGAUCACUCAGCCUGAUCUUCAUUCUAGGUCUCAUUCUCCAAUUGUGCUGGGGAGAUAUUUGGUGAGUUCUUUUUCAACUCCUACAUGUCAUUGAGGGAAUGUUUAAAUAAUGACCUUCACAGACACAUCCUUUCUCUGAAACAAGCACUGCAACAACAAUGGAUAACAACAAAAAUCUACAACUAGUUACCUCUGCUCUACAAAUAUAUUCAAUCACUUUGAUGAACUAUCAAAGCUGCUAUUACAACAAGAAGGGUAAAGUGUUGGAUUGAACAACUAGUUCUGACUGCUCUCAGGUUUGUCAUUUUGAGUCACAAUUUGAUACUAGUUAUUGGUAAUAUAGCAAGAAAUUUGUGCUUUUUUGACAUCCAACAGAGGCACACACUACCACAUUGAUACCAUUGACAGCAUUUUACAUUCAAUGCUACUAUGCAUUCCCAGUUGUGCCUCCACCACCACUCCUCUGAAGGAGGUUCCACCACUUGAAGCAAAUAGCAGCAUACAUCUCCAGGAUCAUGGCUCUGGAAGCUUUUGUGCCUCUCUUAAUUCACAAGGCUAAACAUCAUAAUAUUAAAAUUAAAUAAAAAUUUCAGCAUUGCAAUUCCACGCUAGAAUUUGUAAAAAGCACACAAAGGCCCCUGUGAUUAUUGACUUUUUGCUACCUAUGAAGAGCCCUUCAGAUAAGAAUACUAGGUGAACCAAAAGUAGUAGCAAUAGCACAAGAAGUAAGAAAGACAAAACAGAAACUCAACUGUUUCUAUGCUUCAAGUUUUUUCAUUUGCAGCACAGUGAGGUUAAAAAAUCCUUAACUUUAGUGAAGCAAGAAGAUCAAUUUGAUCACCUGCUUUGUGGUUUGAAAAGUGGCAACAGAACUAGCUUAUUUUCCCCACAUUUCCUAAUAGUCUUGAUCGGUCACUUAAAUGUGUAUCAAACAAUUGAAAAGCUACAGGUACAUUUUCACUUCAUUCAAAUGCUCUGUCCAAAGUCUAAGAUAAAGUGUGAGACAAUACAACCAAAAUUCAACACUACCUUUUCUUUAAUUAUUCUACUGGCUUUCAGCUAUUCGUUGUUACCACCAACUAAAAAUUCCGGCAAUUUUCUUUUAUUUUUCUGCUGCCCUUACAAUCUGCUUCGCAAUAUCGACUGUAGUAUUGAACAUAGGGAUUUGAGCGUCCGCCAAAUCUAAUUCUUCUAUUUUUUUUCCAUCAUGAUAGGAUUCGACAUAAGCGUCGCAAAAGGCGACGAGACUAUUUUCAAUUGCAGCCAUUUUCAUUUCUCCACCGUGUUCGACUAGAUUCAAGACAACCACUUCCAUUCUAUACAGUAUCUCCAGGGAUCCACUGCUAAGACACGUAUCCAUACGCUCUUUGAAGUUCGAGAUUGUAAUCAAUGUUUUUGCAACGUUUGGAUACCCUGUCGCCAUCGCAAGACAGCCUGCUGCUGCUCUGGCGCAUUCGUAAUUUUCUUCGUAGUCCGAUGCCAGAGCCAAAAACAAGCGUAGCUCAUCUACAUCUUCAAGAAGUUUCAUAAAUUGCUCAUUCCCAACCAUAUUGCAAGCGCAUUCCGUUGCAGCCCUCUGUACCAUAGGAUGGUCUGAGAACAUGCAAAAUUUCACUGCGUGAAUACCCUUCUCGGAAGCGAGUUUAUUUUUCGUACUAUCACUCAAAGAGGCUAUGUUUGUCAGCGACAUGAGUGCUUCGAACUUUUGUAAGUCGUUUGAUUCCACUUCUCGCACAAGUUGAAUAAGAGGUUUGAUGGCACCCAUACUUUGCGCAGAGGUCAACAAAUUUGGGUUUGUUGUUACAAGCAAUUUUGCCAUACAGUGACGAAUAUUCCGAACAAUUUUCUUCCGAAUAUCACUUGGAUUCUUCUCAUCUUUCUCCAACUUGAUGAGGGCUGAAAGCACACCUUGUUGAAUCAUUGUCCCACGCACAGAUUGUACAUUGGCCAUACGAUUCAAUGCCAGAACAAUCUGUUCUAAUGACCGGUCGCUGGAACCUUCGGCUAAUUGAACCAAAGCCCGAGGAACACCAGCAUUUGUCAUUUUGACAACUCGUUCAGCGCAUUGAUCGUCAUUAUCGUCUUUCAACUCAUCAUCGCUUUUAUCCAUUUCCUUCGCUUCCUCAGUUUUUUGCAUUUUUUGUAUUUCAUCGUAUUCCUCCAUACUUAUUUCUUUCCCCUCAAAUGCCUCUUUCCGGAGUGUCAAAGGAGUGACGGCCAUUAAUUGAAAAAUUGAAGCAAUUCCAAAGGCUGAAACGGUUUCGCCGGAACCACUAUCUUCUGAUAUUUUGACCAGCAGUUCUAUGGCGCUAUACUUAGAUUUUGGAGAGGACUUGAACCCAUGGGCAACUUCCUCCUUGAUAAUCGUUUUCGUAAUCAGAUACGCCAUAGCUUCAACACCUCUUUCGACAGAAGACUUGGCGCCAGAACUUGUAGGAAUAUUUGCAAGGGCUUCUGUUUUACUUUUACUUUUCUCUCUUUCCUUCGACGCUGCAUUUGUCUCUUCCCAGUCUUCCAGCAUGAAACAAGCUGCUUCCAAUAAACCCAUCACUUCGAAAUCCUCCGUCUGAUCUUCACCCAAACCUAGUUUGGUAACUGCAGAUGCUGCUGCGGUUCGAACGUUCCGAUCCUCAUGAGUUACUAAGGCUUUCAUAGAAUCGUUAUCAAGAUACACUGCUACCAUCUGUCGGGUCUCCUUCACCGAUGCAGCGCCCGACAGUAACUCCGCAACAAUCCUCAAAGCAUUGAUAUCGCUUGAUUCAACCAAGAUAUUCAAAUCAUUACUACAUCCAGGCCAUCCACUACCCAUUGACCACCCACCUACUUCACCAUUUGCCAUAAGUAAUGCUGUUGCCAGCUCCGCCCGUUGUUUCAAGACUUCCAAAGAGACUUCUACGAUUGGCUCAUUUUUGUCUUCAUCUACGUCUUCAACUUUACCAAUUUCAACUUCUUCGUCAUCAUCGAUCUCUUCAAUGAUCGGACCCAAGCGAGGUUCCUCUCCUCCCUCUUCAUUAGAAUCUUUGUUUGUUUUGACAGAACCUAAUAUGGGUCUGGCAACGUCUUUCAUCUUGUCCUCGUCAGCAAGGCAUUCCAAAACCUUGCCUAGAACCGCUGUGAUUUCUCGUCGCAGAUUGGCAUCCUCGCAUUCUACAGCAAAGUUUAGUAAUGCUUGAAGACCACCAUUUUGGCAAAAUAAGGUUGAUCGUUCAAAUGCCCACGCCUCGUUGCGGGUAUUAAUGCGAUGCAAACGUUGUUUAUAAGCGGAGAAUUCCCUCGGUUUGAGCUGAUGCAUCUCAUACUUUGUGAGCGUAACUGGUAGAUCACUUGACAUUCCAUCACUGAGUGAGGCUCGAAUAGCCAUUUCACGAUUCUUACCAGCCGUCCAUGAAGACAGGACAUCGACAGCUGCUCGAACGAUAGCUGCAUCUUUCGAUUUGAAGGCAGAAAUCAUGCUUUGAAUUAGCGGAUCGUACAAAAGAUGGGUCUUGCCGUCAAUGUCUUUCUCCGGGUCAUCACGGUCUAAAUGAAGAAUGAGUCGGAUAAAAAUGGUGAAAGCGCUUGAAGCGAUUUGAUCAUUGAUACAGUCUACAGCGCAGGCCUUCAUGAUAAGAUCGGAAAGCAUCUUUUGAACGUCGGAAUCAUUCAAGAAAGUCCGGCAGAAUAGAGGGUAUGAUCCAGCGCAAGAUAUACACUGCAAUGAAAUUUUUCGAAUUUUGUGGAAAUCUUCGUUCGUUGCGACUCUCUCUUUGUCUUCGUUCUCGGCAGCGUUGACGAUGCCUAUUAACAAAUCUACCCCACCUCG